CCGCCAGGCCCCGCCGAGGCCAUGACCGACUUCAAGCUGGGCAUCGUGCGGCUCGGCCGGGUGGCGGGCAAGACAAAAUAUACCCUGAUAGAUGAACAAGACAUUCCACUGGUGGAGAGUUACUCUUUUGAGGCUCGAAUGGAGGUUGAUGCAGAUGGAAACGGUGCUAGAAUUUUUGCUUUUGCCUUCGACAAGAACCGAGGAAGGGGUUUUGGACGCCUGCUGCAUGAGUUGCUGUGGGAGAGGCACCGUGGAGGCAUCGCUCCGGGCUUCCAGGUGGUCCACCUGAACGCCGUGACGGUAGACAACCGUCUGGACAACUUGCGAUUAGUUCCGUGGGGCUGGAGACCCAAAGCCGAAGAAAUCUCUAGUAAACAAAGGGAACAGAGCUUAUACUGGCUGGCCAUACAGCAGCUCCCGACAGACCCCAUUGAGGAGCAGUUCCCCGUGCUGAAUGUAACGCGCUAUUAUAACGCGAACGGAGAUGUGGUGGAGGAAGAGGAGAGCUCCUGCACGUACUACGAAUGUCACUACCCUCCCUGCACAAUGAUUGAGAAACAGUUACGUGAAUUCAACAUCUCGAUUGAACCGUUGGCCUGCGUCCUGUCUCACGGCUUCCUCUCGCAACCGUCAGCCAUAUUUUCUGGCUGCUACCCCUUGGAACCGCAGAAUAACUUGAGCGCGAGAGGUCUCUAA